AAGACAAGGCAUCAACAUUACAGGCUCCAGUGAAGUCAUGGCCUCCAGUGUUCCCUUCGUCAUGUUGGUCCUGAGCAGCCUGAUUGUGGCUGAAGCCCAGCUAAGGCUGUUUAACUUGCGGGCCAGCAAUCUUCCUUCCAGCUUAUUUGGAACCACAGAUGGCUAUGUCAAGGUGUCCUGUGGGGCUGCUAAACUGGGUAAAACAUCAGUUUCCAAUGACAACCCUAACCCCUGGUGGUCAGAGGAAUUCACCCACUUCAUGGCCCAGGAGAAUGACAAACUAAAGCUUGAAGUUUAUGACAGCGACUUAAUCUUUGAUGACCUGUUGGGAGUCUGCGAGAGAGCUAUCGCCCUGGGGGUCCAUGAACAUAACUGCUACCUGGAGAAAGGUGGAAUCCUCACUUACUCCUAUACCCUUGGUAACCAAACUCAUUAGGCUUGUAUAGAUACAGGUGACCUUUGGCCUUACAGGCAGCCUCUUUACCACAGUAUGACUACAUCUUGAUGUACAGUUUUAAGAGACUAGCGUGCAGGCCGUGCAAACCAUUAUUGCAUUUUUUGACAAAUCAUGGUCACUUUACCCAUAAAGAUCUAAACUGCUUUAUUCAAUAAACCCU